AUGACAGACACGGUACCCCAGGAGUUCAGCUCCCAAUACACAAACGCGAAUCUGCCCUCAAACGCGACGCCUUACGAUUCCACCAUUGUGUGCAACCUUGUGAGCCGCCUUGAAAAUGCGGACGAUGCUGGAUACAACUCAACUAAGCUAACACAAACAUUCGUUACGCCUCUCCUCCACGAGAGUGACUGGCUGUCCAAGGGCAAAGAAACCAAUCAGGCAAUCUAUCGAGCUGUGGGAAACGCAGAAGUCGGACAAAUGAUGGGCGAGUUCUUCCCCGAACUCUCUUACAUAGCGACCGCAGCUGUAUUCGGCUUCUUGAUCGGGGGAUCAGACAAGGUGCAACCCCUUCCCCUCAGUGAGGUCAUAAUUGCAGGUGCCAUCGCCGCAAUGGGCGCCACAAGGCAGGCCAAAAGUCAUUUGAAAGGCUCUAUGGGGCUGGGAAUCUCAUUGAUGGCCAUGAAGGAAGUUUUGAAUGUUGCGGAACAAGUGGCAGCUUGGAAUGGCAAGAAGCUACCUGGCGAAAUUGACUUGGCAAGCUUGGCGGAGGAGGCAAGGGCCAAUCUUGAGAGAUUGGAGACGAAGUCCUAUUAA